AUGUCUUGUAUACGCUAUCAAUCGACGAAUCCUUCGAGGGAACGGUGCUACUACGAUGGCCAAUACAAUCACUACACCCCGCCUUCCUACUCGUCGAGAAUUCGGCCGCAGGAUCCUUAUCAAAACGACUAUUACACCGGAUGGAGGCCAGUGGAAUUCCAAGGACACAACUCCGAAACCUCCACGGCAGCCAGGGGUGACCUGCCAUUUCCGGAUCCGCGGAUGCAAACCGGAAGGAUGGCAGUGUGCAAGCAGGAAAAGCAGCUAGACACGCUGGUCUUUGAGAAAAUGCAAACUAGACUGAAGUUCCUCGAGGACAGUAAUACCGUAAUACAAACGCGUAAUCAAAAUCUUGUCGCUGAGAACAAAGCCCUCUUGUCUCAAUUGGAAGAAGAGCGAAACGAGGCUAAGAGGCUCGAGGAUAGACUGGCGUCUCAGCGAGAGGAACUUGAUCUUGAGAAGCUGAAGCUGCUGGAAACCAGGGAAACAGCGGAGCAAAGCCUGAAAACUCCGAACGUCGAGGCGAAUGGAACAUCCACGACAAAUAUUAUUUCGAAGCUCGAUCGAGGGGUGCAGAUUUGGGCGGUGUGCAUGGGCUGCCAAAGAAAAUUGGAGAGCUGCGAGAAAUUACCGCCCACUGUUACCAUCACCAAAUCGGAACUGGAGGUGUUGGAAAAGGAUAUGCAAACUCUUCGCGACACCAUAAUUGCUAGAGAAGAAGCGUGGGACAAGGCGAUGGAACGCGAGCAAAAUUACAGGCAGCAACUGACUCGAUUGAUCACAGAGACAAUCACGGCUCGUCAUCUUUCCGAAACGCGUCACGAAGAACUCCAGGCCGUGACGAAAACUCUGUCGGAAAAAGAAUCGGAAUUGAAGUCGCUCCAAAAGGACAACCUCUACUUGAACAAGCUAAUAGUGCUGCUGUAUAACUGUCAACAAAGCCGCAAGGGAAAGGAUGAGUGUCAAAGAGGCAGCUUGACAGUGGACAUAAACGAGAAGGACCAACGAUCCAUCGAGGAGAUCGUCCGACGAAUGUCGAGCGGAAAGAACAAGUUGAAGCUAAAGCCAAAAAGUGCGUGUUCAGAAAAAAGCCCGAAUUAUGGGAUUCAUCAGGCCAGUCCUCGUGACAGAAAUGCGAAAACAAUGAAAGAUCAGGCAGGUUCUCUGAAAGAACCGAAACGUUAA